CUCUCCAAUCUCCAAACAACGAACAUCAGCCACAACUCUUCCUCCGCUUCUCUCUCAUUCUUUUCUUCUUCCUCGCCUUUAAUUCCUGAGAGAAUCGAUAGAUCGAGAAGGAUAAGGAGAGGCAUAUCAUCAAUCGUUCAAUCGACGCAGCUUUCUCUCCCGCGGUAGUCACCUACUCCCUCAGAUCCGCCAAGAGAGAUAUCAGAAAUGGCGUCGACGUUCAUCAGCGACAAGAAUGCUCCUUUCUUAGGCUUUCUCUUCAAUUCGAACCUGAAGACUGUAGCGGUAACGACACCAAUCCUUCAAGGAUCUCUUUGCCCCGAUGAUCUAGAUCUACAUAUGGGGGAUCGUGAAACCCAGCACGCAAAAGAGAAGGCUCGACUGAUGUGUGCAAAUUCACUGUUCGUUACAAACGAGAUGGUGGAAGACCCCGAGAUGAUUGAGACUGAACCUACCGUGGAAGAACCUGUGAAACCAGCGUCGCUUCCGCAGACGGAGAUCCCACCCUUGGCAUGGGGAGCGGGGGCAGGAGCAAAAAACUUUUUCUCCGACGUCAUCGCAGAAGAGGCAUGGUAUAUCGCAGAAUCAAACUCUAAAGAUGUUGUUGAAGCCAUGAAGAUAGACAACCUAGAUGACGAGGUGUCGCAA